AUGCUGGAUUGGAAGCUGGAAAAGACUAUACCUACUUCAGAUUUGUCCGGAAAGCACGGUGUUUUGAAAGGCAACGGUCAGACAGAAACCCCGCUCCCCGUAUACUACGAUGGCAAUCUCGCAUUGACAUAUUCUCGAAGAGGAAUCCUGGGCAAAAGUAUUGUGAUUGUCGACUCAACUGGUAAAGCAGUUGCUUGUGGUAACGUGGUAGAUCCAAAUGCACCUGCUACUGCUUGA